CGGGCUGGGCGGCGGGCGCCGUGCGCCCCCUGCGUGCCCGGCAGGAAGCAUGGUCUGGGGGCGUUGCACCCGGGGGAAUCGAGGCCGGCAGUGGCGGCAGCGGCGGUCUCAGGGCCAGGGAAAACCGUCUGCCUGGAAGACGCCGGGCAAACGUGGUCGCGCUGUGCCUAGCCCGCGUGUGAGCGAGCAGCCGUGGGCAGCGGUGGAGCAUGAGUCUGGCCGGCCAAGUACCUGGCCCAGAUCAUUGUGAUGGGCGUGCAGGUGGUGGGCAGGGCCUUUGCACGGGCCUUGCGGCAGGAGUUUGCAGCCAGCCGGGCCGCAGCUGAUGCCCGAGGACGCGCUGGACACCGGUCUGCAGCCGCUUCCAACCUCUCCGGCCUCAGCCUCCAGGAGGCACAGCAGAUUCUCAACGUGUCCAAGCUGAGCCCUGAGGAGGUCCAGAAGAACUAUGAACACUUAUUCAAGGUGAAUGACAAAUCCGUGGGUGGCUCCUUCUACCUGCAGUCAAAGGUGGUCCGCGCAAAGGAGCGCCUGGAUGAGGAACUCAAAAUCCAGGCCCAGGAGGACAGAGAAAAAGGGCAGAUGCCCCAUACGUGACUGCUCGGCUCCCCCCGCCCACCCUGCCGCCUCUAAUUUAUAGCUUGGUAAUAAAUGUCUUUUCUGCA